AUGCCAGUGAUCAAAGAGAAGACAUUUACAUUGGAAACCACUUACCUUGUUCAGAAAGCUUCAACGGCUACUGUAUACAUGGAAAAUGUGAAUUCAUUUAUUCCACUCAGAAGGCUUCCUGCCGGUGUGAAUCAGGAUAUACUGGACAGCACUGUGAAAAGACAGACUUUAGUAUUCUUUAUGUUGUCCCCAGUAGACAAAAGCUUACGCAUGUCCUUAUUGCAGCAAUAAUUGGAGCUGUACAGAUUGCCAUUAUAGUUGCAAUUGUCAUGUGCAUAACAAGAAAAUGCCCCAAAAACAAUAGAGGACGUCGGCAGAAGCAAAAUCUAGGCCAUUUUACUUCAGAUACAUCGUCCAGAAUGGUUUAACUUAGUGAUUUUUAUACCUGCAUUGACCAUGUGAUGUACAUUUUUAUUAUAUCUUUUUUUAAAGAAUGGAAAUAUUUAUUUCAGAGGCCUUAUUUUUGAACAUUUUUAGUGUAACAAUGUUGGUCUGUAUUCUGAAAGCAUCAGCUCUAACAGCUAUGGACUGUUUUAGUAUCUUUACUUUUAUGGUUUUGAAUACAGUAGUUCAUUUUCUGUAUCUGUAUCACAUGGUUAUAUGAUAGACUUGUGCUUUAUCCAUGGAAUGUAAUAUUUUUGGGAACACAGAUUUAUUCCACCAAUGGUUGUAGAUUUAAAAAAAAAAACAACAAAUCCAACAAACCCAACAAACGAACAAAAAAGUCCACAUUACCUAGCAAACAAGGCAUGAACUAAAGGUAAAAAUGUUUACAGCUUACUUUUCUUAUGAGAAACUAGAAAACACUGUGUUUAAAUACCGUAGAUAUUUAAAUGUUUUUGGAAGUUAGUAACUGAUUUUUUAGACACUGCCUAUCGCAUGAACUGUGAAGCUGUGUGCUGUGUGUAGUUGUAACAUAUUUAUAAAAAGUGUAGGCUGGGUCUAAGCGCUGCCAUCUUCAUAAAUAAUUCCAACAAUUUAUUUUUAAAGAGGAAAAUUAUAAAUUUCAUGGUUUGGGAAGUUACCUGGUAGAGCAGAUGGCACAGGUCCAAAAAAAGUAGGUCUUAGUAGAUUUAGGUAUUGUAAAAUUUGGUGUUGAAUAAUUGAACACAAAUAAUUGGAAUAAAGCCUACUUUAUCACUGUUAAAGCUGUUUUAAUACUUCUUAAACUUUUUUAAAGAAAAUACAUGUUUUAACACCUACAAUACGGAUUGUAUAGUGUUUGUGAUUAAAAUAAAAAAAGAAUAAUAAAAGUGAAUGAAUUACUAAUGCUCUUGUAUAGAGUAUUUUCAAGAGCUAAAGAAGUCCAUCCAAAUUAGACUUGCUGGUCAUAGUUAUAUUAAUAGACUGUUAGUUGUCGUUUGAAAGAUCCCGAGAUAAAGUGUGAAUAGGAUGUGUUCAGCUGUCUUAACAUGUAGUUUAGGUUUUCAAAAUUUUGCAUGUAGGAUUUAAUAAUUUGUUCAAUAAAAACAAAAAUGCUUUCAACAUUUUGAGCUGGAAAAGCAUGUCACAAUACAACGUUUUCACUAUA